AUGGUCAAGGGACUCCCGUCAACCGCUACGGAUGAGGAUGCAAUCAUGGAGUUCUUCAAAGAGCAUGCCGUGAAGGGCAAGACCGACACAGAGAUCGUCAAGGUCGUGAUCGGUUGGGACAUUGAAGAGUUCCGAGAGAACAUCUCAAAGCUGAAGGAGCUGAAGAAGAGGCUGGACGAGAAGGACAGUAGCGACCCGGAGGUGAAGAACAUCAAGGCGGAGAUGGUUCAAAUCACAGCAGCACUGAAGUCGGCAGGUACGAAGGCUGGCUGGGAUGUAUGA